AUGUCUCUUUGUAAUGAACCGCAGGAGCGCAUUCUCACAGCCGACAUCAAACCGCUACAACCUUCUGAAACACGGUCGAAUCAUGGAGCCGUAAUUGAAAGUGGCACCAUUGAGGAGCUCGGCUAUGUCGCCGUCUACCGGAGAUUCCAGGACCGUGCUGAUUAUCUCUGUGGUCCCUUGAGUGCUAUUUUGAUUACUGGAAAUUAUCAAGUUUCAUAUGGAGGAUACUGGGGUCUAUCCUGGGGCUGGAUUAUCCCCAAUGCCAUCCUGCUUCCCCAAGUGCUUGCCAUCGCGGAGCUUGCCUCCUCCAUGCCAAUCAACGGCUCCUUCUACUGGUGGGCUGGUGCGCUUGCGCCGCCGCGGUGGUCGCAUGCCGUCUCACUCAUCACAGGAUGGUUGAACGUGCAGGCCAUGUUCGCCGCAACGGCUGCCUUCGCCUACGCCGUGGCUUCGUCCCUUGCCUACGCGGUAGCCAUUGCCUUUCCUUCGAUGAUCUGGACCAACGCCGAGAUCAUGUGCCUGUCCCUAGCUGUGCUUGCCACCUGGGGCAGUCUCAUGACGUUGAGGCUAGAGCGCAUUGCCUUUGUGUAUAUGACCAUCGCAAUUUUAAUCCUACUACACAUGCUGGUCUUCGUAUUCGGUCUACCAAUCGCCCACAAACUUCAGAAUCUGCCAUUUGUGUCUGCAAAGACUGUCUUUGGGGAGUACAGUAAUUUCUCCGACUGGGGUCUACCUGUGGCCAUUCCGUACUCCUGGUUUGGUGCUCUCUGGGUCAAUUCGGGGUGGGUAGUCCCUGUCUAUGUCACCGAGGAGACGCAUAAUGCAAGAAUUGAGAUCCCCAAAUCUCUGUACUACACUUUUACCACCAAUACGGUAUGCGGCCUUGUCAUCUGCCUGAUUUCCGCGUUCUGCAUCAACGACAUGGAGGCCGCUGCAGCCUCUGAGAAUGGAUAUCCCUUGAUGGAUCUUAUCUACCAGCACUGGGGCCAAGCUUUCACUGCGACCUUCCUCUUGUUUAUCGCCCUGGUUGGAAUCAUCGGGGGCAGUGGAACCCUUCUCACCUAUGCCGGUCAGAUCGCAGCAUUUGCCCGAGAUGGUGGAUUCCCAUGGCAUGAGCGCGUGGCCUACGUGCAUCCUCGACUCAACCUACCCAUCUACUCCGUCGCCAUCCUAGGAACAGGCACGUUUCUAGUUCUCAUAGUCUCCCUCUCCCCAAAGGCCAGCUCCAUCAUGUAUUCCAUCGCUGUAGUCACUGGUCUCAUUACCUUUCUUAUACCGGUUUCAUUCCGUAUUUUCGCUGGCGACAGAUGGGUCCCAGGCCCCUGGAAUCUUGGCCGCUGGAGUAUGACUGUCCACAUCACGACCGUCAUCACGCAGGUGUAUUUGAUGAUCAUGGAGUGUUUCCCGACAACACCGAACUGGACUGUGGAUACUUUUAAUUAUGCCUUUGCACUGACAGCCGCAGCAGUUGUGAUUUCUUGCGGGCUGUACUGGACCGUGGGGAGGAAGAAUUACAAAGGGCUGAAUCUGGAUGCUUUGGAGGUAUGGAGGCAUCAUACUGUUUAG